AUGUAUGAUGUUUCUUGUGACGGUGUCGAAGGAAGUCCCUUUAUUAUCAAGGAGUUAAACAAUCAGCAUACUUGUGACGGUGGAUUUAUUAACGUUCCAAAUGUAUCGAAGAAGCUAAUAAGUUCCUUGAUCAAGGAUGAGAUUAAACAGAACCCAAAGAAGAAGACAAAGGAUAUUAUGGAACAAAUUAGAAGAGAAUAUGGCUUUGACAUAAGUCGUUAUUAUGCAUAUGCAUGUAAGAGACAUGCACUGAAUAUGGCAUGGGGAGAGGAUGAGAAGUCAUUCGCUUACUUGCAUUGGUAUACAAAGCAAUUGUCUGAAACCAAUCCUGGAUCCCGUGUUGUUUUGGAAACUGACGCGAGUCAAAAGUUUGUGAGAUUGUUCAUUGCCUUCGGAGCAUGUAUCCGUGGAUUUAAUUACUGUCGUCCCUUGCUAUUCAUGGAUGCAGCACAUUUGAAGAGAAUUUACCCUUUAGCUUAUGGUGUGGUUUUAUCUGAGACUGAUGCGAACUGGAAAUGGUUUAUGGAUCAACUCAGGGAUGUCGUUUCUCCUCAAAGACAACUUACAUUUUUGAGUGAUCGAGGUAGUGGUUUAGUCAACCAAAUCCCCGUCGUUUUUCCAGGUGCGUAUCAUGGGUGGUGUUACUGGCACAUGUCAAAUAAUGUUAAUGCAUGCUUGCCUAAGUCAGCCAAGACAUAUAACAAUUAUGUGUUGAAGUUGUUUGAAAAAUGUGCAUAUGCGAAUACACAUGUCGAGUUUAAGGAGAGUUGGGAUGACUUGAUGCUGGUUAAAAAUCAGAAGCUACAAGAAUAUCUUAGUAGGGCUCCACUUGAUAAAUGGGAAGAGAGGGAGAUGCCUAUUACUGUCAUGCUUGAUAAAAUACGGCUGAAGCUUAUGGAAAUGAUGUGCAUUCGUCGUGAAGAAUGUGUGACAUCGUUCGAUUGGCGAGGAGUUUUGUGUCCAAAAAUGGAAACUGAACUCUAUAACAAUAAGAUGCAUGGCCGUGAUUACAGUGUUACCAAGUUGUCUGAAUUUGUGUAUGAAGUUCAUGCCUCAUUAAUACAAAGGGUUGAUUUGAAAGAAAAGACAUGCUCUUGCAACCGCUGGAAAAUCAAUGGCUUCCCUUGCGCCCAUGCUGUUAGGUGUAUAAUGGGGAAUGGUGAAGAUCCUUAUGAAUAUGUUGAAGACUACUUCACCACUAAGUUCUAUCGAGAGUCGUAUUCAAGACCAAUCCAUCCAGUUCCCAUAGUUGAAAGGCCUGCGACAAUUUAA